UCCACAAGAGACGGUGGGGAAAUCUCCUCUCUCUCUCUCCAUCUCUCGCUGUCUCCAUCUCUCCUCUCGCGCGUGCUCUCCCCGGACUCGCAACCAACUCGCACAGCGCAGCACGCGGGGCUCCCCGACGCGUAACUUUCCACAUCCACCAGUUGCAACAAGGUCGACCCCUAUAGAUACAACCAGCCACGUUCCUACCUGCCUACCGCGGCGACCACAGCCACCACCACCACCCUCGGCAUCCCCCGCGCACACAACACCAGCACACCCAGCGAGUGUCGUCCCUGCUCCACUCUGAGUCCCGCGGGAGUCGAUCAUCGAUGAUGGUGCCACACUGGUUCCCGCGCACCUGCGCGCUCAUCUGCUGCUACCUUUUAUCCGGGUCCGUCACAACAGCAUCAACAGCAGCGCAGCAGCAGCAGCAGCGUAACAUCAGCGUCAUCGUGCUGCUCCCGUUCGACAACAGCUACCUCUUCUCCAUGGCGCGCGUGCGACCCGCGCUCGAGUUCGCCAUCGAGGCCACGGAACGCGACGGCGCACGGGGCGGACGCCGCUUCUCGCUGCGCUUCGCCGACUCCACGUGCGGCAACCAGGCGCUGUUCGCCGCCGUCGACCUCCACGGCGAGCGCGCACCGGAUCUCAUCGUGGGACCCGCGUGCGUUUACGCAGCCGCGCCCGUGGUGCGUCUGGCGGGACACUGGAACGUGCCCGUGGUCACGGCCGGCGCCCUGGCCGCGGGCUUCGGCGCUAAGCAGGGCGAGUACGCGAUGCUCACGCGCGUGGCGCCCUCGUACCACAAGCUGGGCGUCUUCUUCCUCGACCUGUUGCGCAGCUUCCAGUGGUCGCGCGUGUCCCUCGUGUACCACGACGACCACGAGGAGAGGAGCUGCUACUUCGCCGCCGAGGGUAUCCACCUGGCGCUGUCCGAGUCGGAGAACUUCUUGGUGAAGAUCGACGGCUUCAACGAGGAGAAGAAGGAGAGCUACGAGGACGUGGUGGAAGACAUCAGGAGCACGGGCAGAGUGGUCGUGAUAUGCGCGAGCGGCGAUACGGUCCGCAACAUCAUGCUGGAGGCCCAGCGCAAGGGGAUGACGAACGGUGACUUUGUCUUCUUCAAUAUCGAGCUCUUCAACAGCACCAUCUACGGCAACGGGAACUGGCUGAGGGACGACGGCCGCAACGACGAAGCUCGGAGGGCGUUCCGUGCCCUCAAAACGGUGACGCUGCUCCGCUCGGUGCGGCCCGAGUUCGAGGAGUUCACCGUCGCGAUGAGGCAGCGCUCGCUGGCGCAGCACGGCUUCGACUACGGCAACGAUCAGGUGAACAUGUUCGUCGAAGGCUUCCACGACGCCAUGGUCCUCUACUCCCUGGCCCUGCGCGAUGCGCUGAGCGGCGCGGGCAACCAGCAGGCGGAACAACCCUCGGGUCUCGAGGUCACGCGCCUCAUGUGGAACCGCACUUUCCAAGGCAUCGCUGGGCCCGUGUCCAUAGAUGACAACGGGGACAGGGAAGGCGACUUCUCCGUGCUGGGCAUGACGGAUGGAGACACUGGAAAGCAAGAGGUCAUCACCAACUACUACGGAGCCCGCCGGGCGUUCGAAAACACGGCCGCGAUGGAGCUGUCCUGGCCCGGGGGUUCUCCUCCACCCAACACCCCACUAUACGUCGUCAGGAGCUCGGCCGUGUCCGGAGUCGUGAUCGGAGGCUUCGUGCUGUGCGCCGCGGUUCUCAUCGCCGCCUACGUCGUCAGGCGGAGGUAUACGGUGGUGGUGAUGAGGCGCUCUCGGCUGCACGGGGAGGACCUGGAGAAGCACAGUCGUCUGCGGGAGGAUUCCGUCCGCUCGCAUUUCUCAGAAGCGUGAGGUUUCGGGAGAUGAAAAACCGCCCCUCCCAAAAAAAACGAGGUUUAUUAUUUAGAGCCCAAGAGCGUUUGUGCCCGCAUGAAAUAUCGGCGCGCAUCUUCCCUUCUCUGUGUGAAAACAACAACCAAACGGUGGAGUUCCAUUCGCAUGGUGAAGGUGCAGCCCCUCGCAAUCGCUUUGCUCACACGGCUGUGACCUUCCGUUACGGGAGCCCCUCGAGAUCCCACUUUUGUGUAGGGCGCUAAACAACGAGGUCUGUUGUGGGCUUUGUAAAAUGGAGAAUUUUCAAAAGAAAUGUAUUCUAACAUCGGCAGCUUGUUUUGAGAUGUAAAUGCGAUGUGUAGGUCUGAAUUUUUUUUAAUUUUAAAGUGAAAGAGAUUAUCUUUAACUAUGAGUUGUUUUAUCGCUAAAUUGAAAGGGCAUUAUAAAAAUAAGUUUUCGUUCUUUUCUUUUUUUUACACCCCAACGGUAUUCCUGCCGAGUUUAUCGGGCAUCGUGUUCGCUCGGCGAAGAUUCCAUCCGGAAACCGGGCAGAGCAGCGUGGAUCCCCCUCUUGUCUCACAAUUUCACAGAACACUUCAAAGAGGGGGCGUCCUUUUCAUCUUGACGCUAAAAAAAAAUGGGUGCACUCUUUCCUCACACUCUACUAUGAGAUUGGCCCUCGUUCGUCCCAUGGCAGUCGAAACUGUCGUUAAUUCUCAGAAAUGGAAAUUGUCCAAAUUAAGUUGCAAAACUAAAUAUAAUACUUGGGCUUUCUUCCGCAUUAAUUGGUAACCGGGUGGAAACCAUGAAUUUGUUUCACUUGAAGUCGUGGUUUUAGUCACGGAUGUUUGAAACCCAAAUUUCACCUCAACUAAAACUAAACUAUUUUGAUUUUACCAUGUAAGGCCCACUGAGCUAUAUAGAUCUUUUCCAUAAGCGACCUUGCCACAAGUGAUAGCUCAAUGAAGUGGCUUAUCAUGUGGAAAUGUAUAGCAGUAGCCUAAUACUCCACGUGCAUGUUUUUAAAUGUGGAGAGAAAAUCCGGAGGACCCGGGGGAAAAAUCCACGCAACCACGCGGAGAGAGAGAUGCAAACUCCAAAUAUUCAGCAGCAGGCGUCAGGUUCGGGAUCGAACCCACGACCUCCUGUACACCAGGCGAGGGAGUUAACAUCUUCUAGCCACCGUGAUGAUGAUGAGAGAGACACACAAACUCCAAAUAUACAGCAGCAGGCGUCAGGUUCGGGAUCGAACCCACGACCUCCUGUAUACCAGGCGAGGUAGUUAACAUCUUCUAGCCACCGUGAUGAUGAUGAUGAGAGAGACACACAAACUCCAAAUAUACAGCAGCAGGCGUCAGGUUCGGGAUCGAACCCACGACCUCCUGUACACCAGGCGAGGGAGUUAACAUCUUCUAGCCACCGUGAUGAUGAUGAGAGAGACACACAAACUCCAAAUAUACAGCAGCAGGCGUCAGGUUCGGGAUCGAACCCACGACCUCCUGUAUACCAGGCGAGGGAGUUAACAUCUUCUAGCCACCGUGAUGAUGAUGAGAGAGACACACAAACUCCAAAUAUACAGCAGCAGGCGUCAGGUUCGGGAUCGAACCCACGACCUCCUGUACACCAGGCGAGGGAGUUAACAUCUUCUAGCCACCGUGAUGAUGAUGAGAGAGACACACAAACUCCAAAUAUACAGCAGCAGGCGUCAGGUUCGGGAUCGAACCCACGACCUCCUGUAUACCAGGCGAGGUAGUUAACAUCUUCUAGCCACCGUGAUGAUGAUGAUGAUGAGAGAGACACACAAACUCCAAAUAUACAGCAGCAGGCGUCAGGUUCGGGAUCGAACCCACGACCUCCUGUACACCAGGCGAGGGAGUUAACAUCUUCUAGCCACCGUGAUGAUGAUGAGAGAGACACACAAACUCCAAAUAUACAGCAGCAGGCGUCAGGUUCGGGAUCGAACCCACGACCUCCUGUAUACCAGGCGAGGUAGUUAACAUCUUCUAGCCACCGUGAUGAUGAUGAUGAUGAGAGAGACACACAAACUCCAAAUAUACAGCAGCAGGCGUCAGGUUCGGGAUCGAACCCACGACCUCCUGUACACCAGGCGAGGGAGUAAACAUAUUCUAGCCACCGUGAUGAUGAUGAGAGAGACACACAAACUCCAAAUAUACAGCAGGCGUCAGGUUCGGGAUCGAACCCACGACCUCCUGUAUACCAGACGAGGUAAUCAACAAAUUGUCACCAAGGUGCCAGUAUAUAUCAGUGCUCUGACCUCCGAGCCACCCGGCUACCUCUUGGAAUCGCUACUGAUUCACAGGGCAUUCAUUAGGCAGGAAAACAAUGACAAAAGGCUUUUGAGACAUCAAAUUCCGUUUGAGUGCCGUAAAUUAAACAUUUAAACGACGCAAAAUAAAAUGACGAGUAAUGUCAAAACUCGUGGCUAGACAACAACAACAACA